GCCGUCUCGCCGGCUCCCUCUAGGCAUCGCAGUCUCAGGCAAGGAGGAGGAGGGUUUUCUUUUUUUUCCAUUUUUUUCCCCCUCCUCUCUCUCUCUCUUUUCCAGCCAGUAAAGAGUGUCUGCCCCUUUGAACUGCUGGUACAGCGCCUGAGGCUGCACACACACACACACACACACACACACACACACACACGCAGCCGCCGGCUAUAAGUUAAGCUCCGGGCAGAGGGCGAGCAGUGCGCAUCUCUCCGCCGGCCGAGGUGGCAGGGACUGCUGCUGCCCCGCCGAACCUCCAGGGCGGCUCAGCCCGGCCGGCGCGGCCCCUGGGUGCCGUUCCCCCGGGUGCCAUGGCGUGCGUGGAGCGCUGCCGCUGCUGCACAGACAGCAGGCGGCACAGCAGCAUCCUCUACAGCAUCCUCAGGAGCGAGGAGCGGGCGGCGUCGCCGGCGAGGCAGGGGCCGAGGCGGGGGCAGGCGUCCCGCGGCUGCCCGUGCGGGUCGCGGCGGCGGGUGGCCCUGAGGAGCCCGCAGGUGGCAUGCAAGGCGGCCUCGGCCGUGCUGGUGAAGACCCUGCGCUUCGUCCAAAACGUGCCCUGCUUCCAGGAGCUGCCCCUGGACGAGCAGCUCCUGCUGGUCCGCAGCUGCUGGGCGCCUCUGCUGGUGCUGGGGCUGGCGCAGGACCGGGUGCACUUGGAGACGGUGGAGAGCGCGGAGCCCAGCAUGCUGCAGCGGAUCCUCACCACCCGGCGGCAGGGCGAGCAGUCCCCGCCGCUGGGACCGGCGCAGGGCCGGCCGCACCAUGGCUCCGCCGGCGGCGGCUCGCAUCUGCCCUCGGCCGGCGAGAUUCAGACCAUCAAGGGCUUCCUGGCCAAGUGCUGGAGCCUGGAUAUCAGCACCAAAGAGUACGCUUACCUCAAGGGGACGGUGCUCUUCAACCCGGAUCUACCUGGACUGCAGUGUACACAGUACAUUGAAGGACUGCAAAGGGAAGCACAACAAGCUUUAAAUGAACAUGUCAGACUCAUUCACAGAGGUGAUGAAGCAAGAUUUGCCAAGCUGAAUGUUGUUCUAUCCUUGUUAAGAUCUAUUAAUGCUAAUGUGAUUGCUGAACUAUUCUUUAGGCCCAUCAUCGGAGCAGUUAACAUGGAUGACAUGCUUUUGGAGAUGCUUUGUGCAAAAUUGUAAAAGCACAUAAAAUAAUGAAAAUAAAACAAAUGCAAAGGAAUCCCUAGAGCAGAAUAAUGUAAAGUACUGUAAAUAAACUAACUUAUUGUUUUUACAUAGAUAGUAUUUUUGUAUUCCAUAAUAAAAUAUUCUUCAAGUUCUGAAAUCAA